CCAAUCACUGGUUAGGUGUAUGGUUCGCUACUUCCGUUUCCGCUCCGCUAUCGAAGCCCUCUCCCUUUACGGAUACGGCCCUCUGAACAAUACCAGAGACCCUAUCGAUUUUUUUUUCCUAUUUGGCCUCCAGAAAAAAAAUCCUAGGCCCGGCCCUGUCAAAGAGAGAACGGAAUAAUGGCGAAAAGGUUAGGUAAGAGAAAAAUUGAUUCAGAAUGCAGGGUAUUUAACCUGCAGUGGACAAACGAUUAUUUUUUUGUUCAAUGCAAAGAAAAGGCUGUGUGUCUCAUCUGUCAAGAGACGGUGGCGGUAUUCAACGAAUACAAUCUUCGCCGACACUAUGAAUCCCGUCACAAAGACAAGUACGAUAGCUUGCAAGGCCAAAUACGAGCAGACAAACUCUCAAAGCUAAAAAGUGGACUACUAUCUCAGCAGAAUACAUUUGUACGCCAAGCUCAGCUGAACCAGGCAUCCGUUCGGGCCAGCUUUCGGGUUGCUAAACUGAUAGCAAGAAGCGGUAAACCUUUCACUGACGGAGAGUUUGUUAAGAAAUGUAUGGAUGCUGUCGCGGAGGAGGUGUGUCCCGAGAAGAAAGAUGCAUUUAAUGCCGUAAGUCUGUCGGCGAGUACAAUCACCAGACGCGUUGAAGAAAUCGGGAGUAAUGUAUAUGCCCAGCUGCAGCAGAAGACGAAAGAAUUUGACUUUUUUCAUUAGCACUGGAUGAGAGCACGGACGUGCAAGACACAGCGCAACUGCUCAUUUUUAUUCGUGGAGUUAGCGCAAACUUUGAGAUAUGCGAGGAGCUGGCAGCCCUCCAAAGUCUCAAAGGGACUACAACGGGAGAGGAUAUUUUUGACAAAGUGUGCCAAACCAUGGAGAAGUUGGACCUGGACUGGUCAAAGCUAGCUAGCAUCACGACUGACGGGGCUCCUAGCAUGGUGGGCGAAACUCGCGGUCUAAUAGGACGCAUGAACCGGGAGUUGGAAAAAAAGGGGUCUCACCGCCCCGCUACGAGUCCACUGCCUAAUUCACCAGCAAGCACUGUGCUGCAAAGUGUUGACGUGGGAUUCUGUAAUGAAGGUUGUGGUGUCGUGCAUAAACUUCAUCAGAGCAAAGGGACUUAAACACAGGCAGUUCCAAGAAUUCCUGUCUGAACUGGAGUCUACGCACGGAGAUGUGCUGUACUACACAGAGGUCCGAUGGCUGAGCCGGGGCAGAGUUUUGAGGCGUUUUUACGAGCUGCUACCCGAAAUUAACGCAUUUCUUCAUUUAAAAGACAAAACGGUCCCAGAGCUGAUCGACCCAGAAUGGAAAUGGCACCUCGCAUUUUUAACAGACGUGACAGAAAUACUUAACAGCCUUAACUUGCAGCUACAAGGCGAGGGGAAACUCAUUUGCGACAUGUAUUCACACAUAAAAGCAUUUGAGGUGAAAUUAGCGCUGCUUUUGGAACAAGUGAAAAAGCGCAACUUCGUCCAUCUUCCUGCUACCCAAAACCUGUCGACAGAGAACCCAGCGGUCCCGUUCCCAGCUGAAAAGUGCGUGGAAGCACUGGAAAUGCUGAAGGCGGAGUUCGGUGUGCGAUUCAGUGAACUACAUGUUCAUGCAAAAGAAAUCCGUCUUUUUCAGAACCCCUUUGUUGCCGACAUUGAUGAAGCCCAGCCUUCAUAUCAGUUUGAGUUGGCUGAGUUACAGAACUGUGAUGUUCUGAAAGACUCAUUCAAGCCCAACAGUCUCAUUGACUUCUAUGCCGCCCUCCCAAACGACACAUAUCCAAACAUCAAAAAACACGCAAUGAAAAUGUCCACAGUUUUUGGCAGCACGUAUAUCUGCGAGAAAACCUUUUCUCGCAUGAAACUGCUGAAAACCCCGAUGAGAUCAAGAUUGACAGAUGAACAUUUGCAUCAGUGCUUGAGACUGGCUGUAACUAGAAUGGAACCUGAUAUUCAACUUCUCACCAGCCAGAUGCAGGCCCACAGUUCACACUGAUGAACAUACAUAGAUAGGGAAGUUAAUGAGAGAGAGAGCUGCAAACAGCGGUGUCUACAAGCCUACUGGAACCUACAAAAGGAUUAUAAGGAAGGAACACAAGAACUUUAAGAGACUGCUCAUAUGUGUCAGAGAGAUUCUGCUCUGACAACUGAGCUGAACUUUUAUCUGUUAAGAUUGUGCAUGGCACGACAGAAAGUUAAUGUUCCAUGGCUUUUUUUUUCUAUGAAGAACCAAGAGAGAGUUAUUUAGUUAUUAUUUAUUUCCUGUUUUUUCUGUGAAGAACUCAGAGAGGGUUAUUUAGUUAUUAUUUAUUUCAUUAAUAGUGUUAUUAUUUGUUUCCUGACUUUUUUUCUGUAAAGAACCUGGAAAGGGUUAUUUGGUUAUGUGUGGCUUUCUGGAAAACAAUACAUUUUUUAAGCUCCCCUACGAUCGUCACACUUUUUCUGUUACAAACUGACACCGGCCCCCCAUCAGAGAAGGGAAAAGUUAUGUGGCCCUCACAGGAAAAAGUUUGGGGACCCCUGCUUUACAGGCAGAAAGAGAAUCGAGAACACCCAAAAUAGUUUUAAAAAGCUUCUAACAGCUCGCAUUUAAAUAAAAUAAACCACUGAGCGUAACGUGUGUGUGUUGAGGCAGGCGGAGUUUGCAAUAAUUUGUUACGAAUUCAGGUGAUGAGUAAACGCACCUGUCUAGCCACAGUAGCUAGCUGGCUAGGUACAGUAGCUAGCUGGCUAGGUACAGUAGCUAGCUGCCAGCACAUAGACGUGACCCUUUGCCACAUUUUCUUUAAAUGGCGUUGUUUACAAGGAGUGCAAGGGCACUUCACAGAGAAGGCAUUCCCUAGCGGAAAUAUACAUGCUAGAAUGCGCCAAUAGGAUCUCGUUAGCUCAUGCUUGGCUCUGGCCACCUCCUUGCUUGUUCUGCCCACCAUGCUUUAUUUUAAUUUGCUUUCAUUGAAAACGACAUAGAUUAACUAUUUGGGGUUAUUUAUUUACUUUGUGAUAAUCUGUCGUGACAGGGUUAAAUUAAGCUGACCUGGAACGCGCCCAUUCUUCGCCUACAGCUGAUUUCCGUUUCUGCUCCGCUAUUGAAGCCCUUCCCCCGUGCCGGCCAGAAAGAGAACCUAAAACACCCAAAAUAGUUUUACAAAGCUUCAAACAGCUGUUUAAACCGAGAACCCCCAACACACAAUGUCAUGGUUUAAUUAUCACUAGUCUCUGAUGUAACCCAUACACAUUAAUCGAAGAAUGGAGGUAGUUUUGUGGCAACGAAAAUAAAGAGUUAAAUAAUAAACCACACCUA